UUUGAAAACCCUGAGUAGUUGCAGUUUUGUUUUCUUUAUUCAGCCGAAGACGAGACACUGGCAGUGUGAUCGACUUCGCUAGGCAGCACACGUCAGGAGGUUGCAAAACUCAGUUGAAGCCAGCAGCGAAAUUAACAAAGCUUGGAGCAUUCGGGAGCUAGUCUUACAAGGCCCAAGACUCACGCGUUGGACUUCAUUUUUGUUCAGCAGAAUGUGUCUUAAGAGAUGAAAGACUCCAUAUUCCAUUUCCUUCCCCCCUCCCCACCCCGAAUGAUUUAACAUUAGGCAUGCCACUAUAACUUGAAGCAGAAUAACAGUUGUAAGGAGCCUCCUAAGGGUGGCGCUCAGAAUGGAAUAAAAGAUCCUUCCAACACUGAAGCUGUAAGGCAUCAGAGGAUAUUUGCUUCUUUUUCAUCAUGGACAACUUUGGUGUAUCCAGGCCUGAAGCACCCUCUCCCUCAAAAUAAAGUUCAUUUGAGAAAUAAUAUGAGCAACAAGAGAGUCCAUGGUCUAUAAUCUGUGACAAAGCUUCUUCCAAAAUCCAAAUAAAAUCUGGAUAAAAGGCAAGAAGACCAUGAAGAAAGAUGGAGGUGGUCCCAAACAUAAGCCUCUAAGGUUUGCAGAAACAAAUCCUAACAAGACCACAAAAGAAGAGCUUUACUUGGUUCAGAUUAAGCCCUAGAAAGGCUUAGAGAUCCUUUGAAAGGGCAUUGGUUCCACACAAAGAAACCAAGAAGAUGCAAAGAAAGCAGACAAUGAGUGCAUCUCACCUGUGUAACUUCUCACAUUGUCUUAUACCCGUUCCCUUUUCCUUUCCAUGAAAGUUCAAAGCAGUUGAAUCUUUAGCUGACGACCUUAAUGCUUCCGUCAGCACCGGCACCUCCACACUUCAUGAAAAGCGCAAUGGGAGCUGACGGCCCAGGCUGCAACGGAGAGAACGACUUUUCCAAACGCUUCUACGCCAUCAUGUACACAAUCAUCUUGGUUCCUGGGCUGAUCGGUAACAUUAUAGCUCUCUGGGUGUUUUAUGGGUACAUGAAGGAAACCAAACGGGCCGUGAUUUUCAUGAUCAACCUCGCCAUUGCAGACCUGGCACAAGUCCUGUCUUUGCCUCUACGGAUCUUUUACUACCUUUCCGAAAGCUGGCACUUCGGAAGAGGGGUCUGCAUGUUUUGCUUCUACCUGAAAUAUGUCAAUAUGUAUGCAAGCAUCUACUUCUUAGUUUGCAUCAGUGUGAGGCGAUUCUUGUUCCUCAUGUACCCCUUCAGGUUCGGCGACUGCAAACGCAUCUACGACGUCUACAUCUGCAUCGCUGGGUGGAUCGUGGUCUGCAUUGGCUGCUUGCCUUUCCCCCUUCUACGACUUACCUCUAAUUAUACUCAUGCCAGCAAUACGUGCUUUGUGGAUCUACCAGUGAAGGCUGUGGAUGGUACCGUCUCUAUAGCAAUGAUGACCCUCGGGGAACUGGUUGGAUUCGUAACCCCUUUGUUGAUCAUCUUGUAUUGCUCGUGGAAGACCAUCUUGUCGCUCAAGGAAAACAGUUCUGUUUCCCAAGACUUCGGAGAGAAACGGAAAGCUUUGAAGAUGAUCCUGACAUGCGCUGUGGUUUUUCUGAUUUGCUUUGCCCCAUACCACAUCAGCUUCCCUUUGGAUUACUUUGUGAAAGCCAACAAGAUAAAAGACUGUUAUGCCCGAAAGGUGAUUUUGAUCUUCCACCCUGUGGCCUUGUGCCUUGCCAGUUUAAACUCUUGCGUAGACCCCGUCAUUUAUUACUUUACCACAGAUGAGUUCCGAAGGCGGCUUUCAAGGCAAGAUUUACAGGACAGCAUUCAGCUCCACAAUGCACGCUAUGGGGGUACGAAUGGCUCAAAGGAGAGUAGCGCCGUGGCGUGAGUGGUAGAAAUUCCAAGUCACACUCUCUGAAAUGACUCCGUGGACUCAAAAUCCUCUGAUGUCCUUGUGGAGUGUUUGUAUGGAUUUGGCCAAUGGGCCAUGGCCUUUUGCUUGGGCCCCCGUUGAUACUGAUUUCAAAUGCUAUUCAAAACUAUAUCAAUAACUCUAUUUGAUUGCAACCUGGAACAUGUCAGGCUAAAUACAAAGCCUUGCUUAUCCAAAAGUGGCAUAGGGCCAGUGCAUGCAGUCAAUGGGUUUUUUCUUUUCUUCACAUGUUAAUCCAAGGACACGCAUAGUCAAAGAAUGUCCCAGGUGCAGAUACAAUUACUGCUUCUUGGAAAGUGACUGUCACAAUCAUGGUGGCUCAAACCUGUGCUGUGAACAGGUGGGCAGAACACCAUCCAGAAACAGUGGUUGCAGUAUCCUUGAAGAUCCAAUUUCAUAGGAGACAUCCCCCAGCACAACACAGUUAAGACCAUAGUACUAACGCUCUUGUAUCCUUUCCAGAGAAUGGAGAUGAUGUAGGAGAUAUGCGCUACCUCAACUGUCCUGUAUAGGAAAUGGAGGCAUAUGGUUGGUAACAUUAAUAAGGCUCUUGGCAGCAUUUAUAGAACCAUAACCUGCCCGGUUCUCUAUCUACAUGAUACCUUUACAGAGCUUUCAGUCCUCUUCUGAAUCUGCAACUAAUUUGAUUUUGUUGGGGAUUUCUUCAACAUCCGUAAUGUUGAGCUACAUUUCCACAAAGGAAUGCGUAUGAUGAAACUUUCAAAUUGUACAAGCUUAAUAGCAACCUCUGUAGAAGAUGUGAAUGAGGUUGCUACGGUGAUAAAAUUACACCUAAACGAACAGCCGUAACAGCACCAACAAAGAUACAGAUGUUGCUCCGCUCCUGGUUCAUAAAAAUAGAACAUUGUUAGAGGGAUUUGUGGUGUGGUCACAACAGAGAACAUGUCAUUUGGAUACAGGGAUUGCAUAUGUUUGGGCUAAUCUCUAUCCCGUCGCCUGAACAAGAGUCCGGCCACUUUCCUUAAGAGCAUCAAAAGAAAAUGUAGAACCACAUCUGCUCGUUUGACAUUCUCAGAUGACCAGAAGAAAGCUGGUGGGAAUCAGGCUUGGAACAGAUGGCCAGGCUGGGUUCACUUGACACGCCACCCACACACCGGAUAACCAGCCAGAAAUUCCUUUUUUUCCAUCUCAUUGUUCACGGGUGGAUCUCCCACGAUAGAAGAGGCCAUGACUUAGUGGUAGAUCUUAUGCUGAAGGUCCCAGAUUCAGCCUCUAGCAUCUCAAAGUAGGGAUGGAAAAACUCCUGUCUAAAACCCUGGUGAGCCACUGUGUCAGAGGAACAUGCUGAGGUAUAGUGGUUAGAGUGUUGGAAUGAGACUGGGGAGACCUGGGUUCUAGUCUCCACCCAGCCAUGAAGUUCACUGGGUGACUUUGGGCCAGUCACAAAUUCUCAGCUCAAUUGACCUCACAGGGUUGUUGUGAGGAUAAAAUGGAGAGGAGGAGAAUUAUGUACACUGCCUUGAGUUCCUUGAAGAAGAAGAAGAAAAGGCAGAAUAUAAAUGUAAUAAAUAAAUAAAUAAAUAAAUAAAAUUAGUUGCUCCUGAAGAAUAAUUACACACAGCCCAGAAAAGAAAGGCAAGAGAGAUUGGGAUCGGUUCCCCCUGCUUUUCUCAAACGACAGUGUUGAUCAGUGGCAUGAAGUCCCACAUUUUGCUUUCCUCUUUUUCGUUUUGUUUUUUGUAUGUUGCAAAAAUACUAUGAACUAUUAAUUUAAUGUCUGAAGGAAAUAAUUUAUAAAAAAAAUACAUUUAUUUUUUUGUACCAUAAUAAACCUGGUCUAUAUAA